UGCUGUGGAGCAGAGCAUUCAGAAGAUCUCUGUGAACAGCGUGUUUCUGCAGGAGUGUCACAGUCCAGCCCCUCCAAGGCAGCUCUGUCUUCCCUGAAGACCCAGCCCUGUGAGAGCUGUGGUCCAGUCUUGAGAGACAUAUUCCAGUUGGCUGAGCACCAAGGAACCCCUCACAGCCAGAACGUGGUCAGGUGUGGGGUGUGUAUGAAAGAAUUUUAUUUGGGUGCAAACUUCCAAAAUCACCAGAAGCAGCACCUGGCAAAGAAGCCCUUCAGAAGCAGUGCGGACAGGGCCCUGCUGGUGAAGAGCUAUGAAUUCCAUGUUUCAGAGAAGCCCUUUCCCUGCGAUGAAGUUGGGAAGGAUUUCCUGGCCAACUCAGAACAUCUCCAGCAGCCGACGACUCACACCAGAGAGGAGCCCAACAAAACCACCCAGUGCUGGGCAACUGUACAAAUCAGAAAAAGUCGCUUUACCCGGGGAGACUGUAAGAAAACCUUCCGCCCCAGAAAGACACACUCUCCGGUCCCAGAGAUCCAGCCUGGAAGACAGUGUGUUGUGCGCCCUGAAUGUGGGAAAACAUUCAGAUAUCAGUCCUCAUUAGUUGUUCAGCAGAAAGUUCCCAAAAGUGGAAAGCUUCUUGUGUGUGGUGAAUGUGGGAAAACAUUCAGGCAUCAGUCUUCACUCGCCGUUCACCAGAGAGUGCAUACAGGUAAAAGCCUUCACGUGUGUGGCCAAUGUGGCCAGUCUUUUAGGCGAACCUCAGCCCUCAGUCAGCAUCGAAGAUUUCAUUGCAGGCCAAGGCAGUACAAGUGCGGCAACUGUGGGAAGUCUUUUUACCCAAAAUCUGUCCUCAUUUAUCCCUGGAGGAGUCACACUGGGAAAACAUGUGACUUGUGCCGUGAAUGUGCACCAUCUUUUAGCCGGAGAGCCAUCCUCAUUCAACAACGGACAAUUCACUCUGGAGAAAGGCGUUAUGAGUGCACGCAAUGUGGGAAGUCCUUUAGAAGGAAGUUUUACCUUAUUCUGCAUUGGAGUGUUCACACUGGAGAUAGGCCUCAUGAGUGCCGUGAGUGUGGGAAAUCUUUCACCAAGAGGUCAGUCCUUACUCUGCACCGGAGAAUGCACACAGGAGAAAGGCCUUUUCAGUGCAAAAAAUGUAGGAGAACCUUUACCAGUAGUUCCAUACUUAUUCUACAUCAGAGAGUGCACACAGGAAAAAGGCCUUAUGAGUGCAGUGAAUGUUGGAAAUCCUUCAGCCAACAAUCUUACCUCACUCAACACCAGAUAGUUCAUAGCGGAAGACAGUCUUAUGAGUGUAGUGAAUGUGGGAACUCUUUUACAUCCGUUUUCAUCCUCAAUCAGCAUCAGAGAGUACACAGAAAGGAAAGACCUCAUCAGUGCAGUGAAUGUGGGAAAUCGUUUAUGCUAAGACUACACCUUCAUAUACACCAAAUAGUUCACACUGGAGUAAGGCCUUAUCAGUGUACUGAAUGUGGGAAAUCUUUUUCAGCUGGUUCCAAGCUUAUUAAUCACAAGAGAGUGCACAGUGGAGAAAGACCCUAUAAGUGCAGUGACUGUGGGAAAUCUUUUAUCCAAAGGCAUCACCUUAUUACACACCAGAGAGUUCACACAGGAGCAAGGCCACAUCAGUGCAAUGAAUGUGGGGAGUUUUUUGCUUCUGGUUUCAACCUCAGAAAUCAUCAGAGAAUUCAUACAGGAGACAGGCCUUAUGAGUGCAGUGAAUGUGGCAAAUCCUUCACCCAAAAAUGUUACUUUCUUACACAUCUGAGAAUUCACACAGGAGAGAGGCCCUAUGAGUGCAGUGUAUGUGGAUUAUCUUUUACCACUAAUUACGCCCUCCGUAAACAUCAGAGAGUUCAUACAAACAAAAGGCCUUAUGAGUGUACUGAAUGUGGGAAAUCCUUUAGAACAAAUUCUUACCUCAUUGAACAUUGGAGGGUUCACACUGGAGAAAAGCCUUAUCAGUGCAGAGAAUGUGAUAAAUCUUUUUCAACUGGAACAGGCCUACGUUAUCAUCAGAGUGUCCACACCGGAUUAAAGCCUUAUGAGUGUAGUGAAUGCGGGAAAUCUUUUCCCUGUAGCUCAGCACUCAUUCGACAUCAAAGAACUCACACAGGAGAAAGGCCUUAUGUGUGCAGUGAGUGUGGGAAAUCCUUUAUCCGGAAACAUCACCUUGUUGAACACCAGCGUAUUCACACAAAGGCCUCAGGAUUGUAGUGAAUAUGGAAGAUCUUCUCCCCUUCCCUCCCCCCCCCCCCAAAUCUUUUAAGGAUACUUUCUACUCCAAUUAACAGUCUAUAAUUCACACGGGAGAAAGGUGUUUGAUUGCAAAAAAUAUGCUAAAUCCUUUAGCCAUACAUCUUCCCUUUCUUAGCACCUGAGACUUAAUAUUGGUAAAAGGUCUCAUGAGUGUAGUGAAUGUAUGAAAUGUUUUAAGGUGUAUCCAUGGUGUUUGCUUUUUUCUGAGAGUUCACGUAGGAUGAAGGCUGUAUGUUGUAGCAAAUGUGAAAAGUCUUUUACCCAUAGUUUGCCAGUGUUUCAGUACCUGUCAGUUCACUCCGUAGAAUGGUCUUAGGACUGCAUGGAAUGUGGGAAAUCCUUUUCCGAAAGAAUUUUCGUUAUCGUACAGUGUAGUGUUUGCACUAGAGACAUAUUUCAGACCUGCAAGGGAAUGCGAGAUUUUCUACCUUAAUGACUCUGGAAGAAUCCAGGAGAAGCCAUCUGUCCGUAUUCAGUCUCCUAUGUCUAGUUAUCAAAGUUGGGAGACAACCUUUACCAGUAAGUUGUAGUUAUGUGAGACGUGUGUAUAUGUAUGUUGCAGUUUCUAACCUGCCAUUUUCUGUUUUCAAAGCCAUAUCACUCUCUCACAUAACUGGUUUCCACCAUUUGUGUCAGUUACCGUCCUCAUUUGCUCAAGGAAGCUGACUUCUCUUCUCCCAUUUAUUGGAGGAAAUUAGGAGUAACCUCAACAGUUCACACUGGGCUCAGAGAAUAUGACAUGAGUCUGGCUAGAGGGCCAUGUUCUCCCAUGAAUUUUUUCAACUUCCAUGUCACCAGCCUGAACUGUUUCCUGCACAUUGCUUUGGUUUCUACAAUACUGUAUAAAUCCCUACUCUGAAAGUUCUAUUUUA